AUGACUUUUACCCCAAAACCUCAGUUCUUCCUGGUCAGACCUGGAGCUGAGGAGAUCACGCCCACAGGACAAAUCAUUGCUCAGCCCGCAACUGCCGUGCCUCUCAUCCCUGCAGACCUUUUACCUGACUGGGUGGAAGUCAUCGGCGUCUCUCGAAGUCUAUCUGAAGACGAGACCAAGGACAUGGGAAAUCUGGGUGUUAUCCAUGCAGAACAGUAUACCUAUAAGCUCCGAUUCGACCCCAUCACUGAAAAUGAGGCGUGUGUCAGUGAUGAAGCGGAAGAAGAAAACCCCCGUGAAUCUGUGAUGCAGCCCAGUGUCAGUAUAUGGGGUCCAUCGAUUUCUCACGACACUUCUCGUGAAGAACAAAGCCCAAGGGCCUUGACGUCUCUACCAUCUCACACUUUGGCCCCUCAAGUCAAGCUUAAACCUGCCCAAGGGCUAUCAUCGAGUUGCCACAACCCGGAGAACCAGCAGCAGCCAAAACCUGAUCCUCAGAAAGAACCAUCGUCGAUUCAACCCAAUGCCACACCGCCAUCAUCGCAACUCCCCUCACCAUGCCGACACUGGUGCCACCACGGAGUCUGCAAAUGGGGUCUGGACUGCCACUACGAGCAUACAAUGCCCACAACCCCAACUGGCCUUGACGAAGUUGGUCUCUCGCAGUCCCCUGACUGGUGGCUUCAGGCACGGGGCAUCAUGCCAAUGCCUCCAGAGAUGCUUCGUGCUGCGGAUGCGUCGAGCGCUCGUCGAAUGGACAGGAAGAUCAUGAGCUAUGGCAGGAGGAAGCCUCGGUUCAGAGUUCGUGCGAAGCGUGUCGGAUUGAGACCCGUAGAUUUAGAUGAGGCGUCAGAGGUGGAAGCAGAGGAUGAGUACGAAGAGGAACCGGAUACUGAACAUGAACCAGCGCAAGAUCUGAAGAGGGAAAGAGAGGGCGUUCUGAUUGAAUUCUGA